CCUCCUGGGUCUGUGUUACGCCCCUGCGUUUGCUGUCAGCGCGCACACCGCUCCUCCAGCGGCUCCACACCUCAGAUGGCCUGCUGCAGCGGCUGCUACAACUCGCGGAGGCUAGAAUGUCACCGGUGAUCCUUUGCACGAAGACAACACGGUCGUAAGAACAGAUUUGUGACAUUUAUCCUUUGUGUUAACGCUCACGAUGGCGCUUAAUUGGGCAUCUAUACGGACUCGUUCGUUCGUGUCUGCUCUCACGUUUUUUGUCGCGCUGUGGGGAUUUGCGCUCUCCAUCACCCGCUACUCCAUACCGGAGGAGAUGGAAGAGGGUUCCUUUGUUGCCAAUCUGGCCUCAGAUCUGGGUCUGGACGUUCGCAGUUUGCUGGAGCGCAAUGCGAAGCUCGAUGUCAUUCACAGCAAAAAUUACCUCGACAUUAACAAAGACACGGGGGAGCUGGUCAUCCGCGAGAAGAUGGACCGGGAGAGCAUAUGCAUGACGAAAACCACCUCAUGCUUCCUGAAAAUGGAUGUCAUACUCUCCAAUCCCGUUCGCAUUUUCAACAUCGAGCUGGAGAUCUUGGACAUCAACGACAACGCGCCCGUUUUUCGUAGGAAGACAAUGCACUUGGACGUUUCUGAGGCAACCCCUCCCGGUGAGAGAUUCUCCCUGACCAACGCGGUGGAUGCGGAUGUGGGGGCGAAUUCAGUCAAGACCUACUAUCUCAGCGAAAGCAAAUACUUCAGCAUUGACAUCCAGACGGGCAGCGACGGCUCCAAAUACGUUGAUCUAGUGCUCAACGGUAAACUGGACAGAGAGGAGCAUGCGAUUCAUAAUUUGAUUUUAACUGCGGUGGAUGGAGGUGUGCCUCCCCGCUCUGGUACAGCCAGCAUAAUUAUUAACGUGCUGGACAUCAAUGAUAAAGCCCCCACGUUCAGUCAGCCCGUUUUUGCUGUCAAUGUUUCGGAGAACUCUCCAGUGGGGACGGUGGUGAUGACAUUAAACGCGACUGAUUUAGAUGAAGGCACAAACGCACAAUUAAUAUACUCGUAUACCUUGUACACCUCGGAGAAGACACAGGAGCUCUUCUCCCUAGAUCCACAAUCAGGCGAGAUCAAAGUGAAGGGGGUGAUCGAUUAUGAAGAGAGUCAGAGUUUUGAGAUGUACAUUCAGGCUCAGGACAGAGGGGCAAACCCGCUGUCAGGACACUGCAAAGUGAUGGUUUACGUCACAGAUCUAAAUGAUAACUACCCAGAGGUGACCAUCAAGUCCCUGAAGAGAUCGGUGACCGAAGAUGUGUCGGUAGGGACACUGAUUGCUGUGGUGAGCGUCAGUGAUAGAGAUUCUGGAGACAAUGGUGCCGUAGACCUCCACCUGAACCAGCAGGAAGCCUUACCCUUUCGUCUGGACAAGUCCUCAGAAGGUUACUUCGAAUUGCUGGUGUCGAAACCGCUGGACCGAGAAGUCAAAGGGAAAUACGACAUCAAAUUAAUAGUGACAGACAGAGGUUUCCCAGCUUUAUCUGAGAAUGAAACCAUCACCUUGGAGAUCCUGGAUGUCAACGACAAUGCUCCCAUGUUCUCUCAGUCCUUCUACACAAUCCAUGUUAUGGAGAACAAUCCACCUGGAGCUUUAUUGACAUCCCUAAGUGCACAUGACCCAGAUUUGAAUGAGAACCAGUACUUGGUUUAUUUCAUAAUGGAGAAAGAAAUAGUUAACAUGUCUAUGUCCAUGCUUUUCUCCAUCAAUCCUGAGAACGGGGAUCUUUAUGGCCUUAAGACCUUUGACUAUGAGAGAGAGAAGGAGUUCCUGUUCCACAUUGAGGCUAGGGACUCUGGUGUCCCUCCUCUGAGCAGCAAUGUGACAGUUCACAUUGUUAUCCUGGACCAAAAUGACAACACUCCCCUCAUUGUAUCACCAUGGCGAGCACACGGCUCAGUUGUUGAGGAGGUCAUACCGAGGUCCACAGAGAAAGGGCACUUGGUGGCCAAAGUGGUUGCUGUUGAUGCAGACUCUGAGCAGAAUGCCAGAGUCACCUACCAGCUACUGCAGAUCAGUGACUCAACUCUCUUUAACCUGGAUCAGUACAACGGUGAGAUCAGAACGACAAGGAUGUUCAGCUACAGAGACCCAAGGCAGCAGAGGCUGGUAGUUGUUGCUAAAGACAAUGGACAACCUGCUUUGUCUGCCACUGUUACCAUCAAGAUAUCAACGGUGGAGCAUGCCAUGACCUUCUUAGAGACAACAGAGUUACCAUUAGAAUACGAAGUCUUCACCAACCUAAACCUGUACCUCGUGAUUGGUUUAGGAGCUGUGUCCUUUCUGUUGUUGAUAACCAUCUUGGUUAUUAUCGUCCUCAAGUGUCAAAAGCCAAAGCCAAAGGCCAUCAAGAUGCCCCCAGCCAACAGAAAUAGCCUGAUCAGCCAGAGAAGCUCCACCAUCGCAGAUUCCACCCUGAUCUCCAGUGAUGCCUACUGGUAUAGCUUGUUCCUUGCAGAAACCAGGAAGGGCAAGGUGGUGGUGAGACAACCAAUCAUUCCCAAAGGAGCAGGAUAUUUUGUAUCCAGCAUACCCAGGAGCAUAGGCCCAAGUGAAACCACAGACUCCAGAGCAUCCACACUGGAGUACUCAAAAUGAAAGGAAGUCCAUUCUACAACUGGAGCAGCAGCCAAGAAGAGAGCUACGGUGAUGUAAUCGUCUCUUCCUGGGAGUCUCUGGCUGAAACCUUCCAGGGGCUUGCAAAGAAGAUAAACAGUUUUCUAUUGUCAGUCCCUCUGCUCCAGCUCCUGAUUUCCCCUGUUUCCUUUAAUCCCACACACCAACAAUCAAUCAGUAGUCACCUUAUCCUUCUACCAGUGUGUUUUUUGUUUUGGUUUUUUUUGUAAAUUUUUUGUUUUUGCUCUUAUGUGUGAAUACUUUCUCUUAAUUAGCAUUUGGACAAACCAUUUUACAGCAGGUUUCUUGAACAUUACUAAAGACUCCCAGUGGAUACAUUUGCCUUUUUCGUCCAGGUUUUACCAUGGGUUGUAGUUUUAGAAGCCAUCAGUUGUCUAAAAUAUACCUAAGUUGCCAUAAAGUUGUUGUUUUUUUAAUGCUGGAGUUUGAAACACGCCUAAUCAUAAAUAUACACACGAAUCAGGGUGAAUAAGCUUCUUCCAUCUGAUGAAUCCAUUAUUGUAGCUGGUUAUAACAUUCAGGCCUGAAACUAGGUGUCUUUUUUGUCCUAUUUUGUAUGGAGAAUCUUUCUGUUUGAUAAGACUCAAACUUUUACCUAGUAAUAAUCAGUGAUUCAGUUUUAGGUCUUUUUUUCUAUACAAUGUUGUGGUUAACAAGUUUUGAAUGUCUAAAGAAAAAUUGACAAAAAAGAAUGAAAGAAAACAGGUAACCAUAAAAAAAAAACCCCAAACCAAUAGCUUUCCCUUCUUAUUAUUUGAUUGUAGUUCAAAUAUGAGUCGUUUAUUGGUGAGAUAAAACGCUCACCAACAAUAGGUGUGCAAUUGGUGCAAGAUGUGCAUUUCUGGAGAGUAGUUUACAUCCACUCAUCACCAUACCUGAUGUUAAUUAUGGAGUUGUAUUGAUUUAUUUGAACAGUUUGUUUUUGUUUGUUUGUUUUCGGGGGGCGGGAGGGGGGGGGGGGGGUCAUCAUUAAGAGAUGAUUUGACAAAAGGUUUGACUUCGUUGUGGAUGUUUUCUUAUAAUUUGACUCAAAUAUACUCAUACACACCCACUAAUGUUUUGGGUAAAUGUCCACCAGUAAGAUGCAGAGAAAACAGUAUUUCUGUAGUGAUGAACAAGGUCCUGGAAGUGCCAUAAACAGUUCUGGCCACUCUUCUUGGCAUAAAUUGUAUAUCUUGCUUAAAAAGGCUGACUUUUUUUUUUGCCGUGGAAAUAUUGAUGUUAGUCUGUCAAUCUUAGUUUUGAUCUGUGCUAUGGAUUGUUGUUGGAAGGACAAAAUUGUGUGCAAUGAUCACCAAACCAUCAAAAUCACUGGCAGUGGAACAGACCCUAAUCAUGGUGGUUCCACCACUGUGCUUGACAGUUGUCCCUGUGUUGUUGGGUUUCAAAAGCUUACAUUUACUCCCAACAUUCUCAUUUUUUCAAUAUUAUAAUAAAUUAGUCUCCUUCUAAAAAUUGUAAAGUUUCAGUUGAGCUUGAAGGUGUUAAUUUCGGAGUGUAAUGGAGCUCUCAGAACAGUUUUGAACCUUGGCGGUUCUUUGGUUCUUGACGAUUGUAACUAAUGUCUUUUUACCUGAAAGUUUCAGUUUGUAUAAUAUGGUUAACAUUUGGAAGCAGAUUAGAGUUCAGGUGGGUAAAUUAUCCCAAAAACACAAUAUAUACUUAUGAUUUAAGUAUAUAUUAAAUAUUUAAAUCAUAAGUAUUUAAGACUUGGUAUUUUGGUAAGACUUUUUUUAAGCUUCUUGGUUGACCUUUUGAAACUCCGAAAUGAAACCAAUUGAAAAUUUGUAGGCAAUACUAAAAAAAACUUGGUUUGUACCAGAAUAUUAGUGUUGGUGUAUGUAUAUAAUUGAGCUAUUUAUAAUUUUUGUUAUAAUUAUAAUUAUUUUAUCAUUUUUUUUGCCCUCCAGGGCAAUGGCAGAGCCUUUCAUAGGGCAUGGCCAGACUGAGACCGUAUCACUGAGAGGUGGCCAACAACAGAUCUGUGCGGGAGCCAUUUUGGAGCACAUCAUGCGCAUUUUCCAAAUAGUUCACAAAAAACAGAAAAUAUUUUAUUGAAACAAAUAAAUAUACACCUAUUUUUAUAAAGAUAUUCUGUCCAACCAUCUACUGCUGCCACCGACUGUUUUAGAGGGGAACUGCUUAUUUCAGAGGUGUGCUCUGCCGGUGAGUUACCUCCGCAUGGGAACAACCACCAACGGCUCCGUCCCUGCUGCGUGCAUUAGCAGAAGUCCCAAAUAAAUUUCGGCUCCUAAUUAAUGUGCUAAACAUUUUUUGAUUUUUAAAAAAUUAUUUAUACCAUUCCAACUUAAAAAAAUACCUGUUCAAAUGCGUCACUAUAAACCAAAAAUGUAUGUCAGUCAAGUUUGUGAUGAUUGCAUGUAAACUUUUAACAGUAACUGCACAUUGCAAUGCAAACUCUCAAGUUUCUAAGCAAAAUCCAAAACUAUUAUACGUUUUUGAACAAUCAGUUCAUCUCUUCCUGUUCAAGUGAGAGAAGCUUGUCGGUGACAAUUACAAAGUUUUGCCAGAGGGAAGAGCUUCAUAAAUCCGUCAUUCGCAAACAGUAAAGCGACUCGACUGAAAAUCAAAUGUUUUAGAACCUAUUUCCCCAAAUCUUUCCCCCAAAAAACGUAAAAGAAAUGAUUUUAGGAAUUACACAACUGGUAGAAAAAAAGAAAGAUGAUAUAUGAGGUCAUGAUCUAAAGUAAAAUAUAAAUAACCAUAAAUAUGUUUAAUAGCCAGAGUAAAACUAUUAAAAAAAAAAAGUAAUAAUCUUGGCCAGUGUAUGAUCGGAGGUAGCGGCAAGAUGUUCUUUGAUAAAUCUUAAUGUUUUUUAUAUAUAUUUUAUGUAGUAACUUUUAUUGCUGCUUUUGUGAGCUUCUUAAAGGACAUUUUGUUGCAUAUUUAUAGUGUAGUGCCGUCGUUUUAGUUGUGUACAUGAAUAAAAAAUGGAAUAAGAAAACAUUUUAUGACCUCAAAGGUAGUGCUGCUGCGCCACCUUCAAGUCCAGGACUUCAAUUUCUCUGUAACAGGAAGCUUAUUAAGAGAGCUAAUUAGGCUGCUAAAUGAUCAAAUGUACUGGCAUGAGUUUAGGGAGGCUGGAUUAGGAGAGGAAAGAGAACAUUGUGUUCAUUAUAGUGACAGUAUUCCUGUAGCGACUCUGCUGACAGUGCAUAAAAUGUAUUAAGCGGAUGACAGCGGUUUGAAUUUGGGAUAUGCACGGAAUCUAAAUGUGAUCCCAUGCAGCACUCCUGCGGAAAUGCAGCGAAGGGGGAAUAUUUCUGGAUGUAUCCGGCUUCACGCUCUGAGUCAGUGAAAUGUUAUCCCCCUCAACCCCCGUUUUUUCUCCUUUUUCGUGCUGCUCACCUUUGAAAGCAUCUAGCUGGCUGCUUGUCAGCCUGGAACAUGUCGCAUAAUGAGGGUCAAGUGCAUGUUAGAUGUGCAAUCAGUGGCAGAACUGAUUGAUUCCAAGCAGUGUUAAUGCAGUUAUCGGGUUGCACAUACGAUGAGCUCCUUGCGUGCCUUCUGCCUUGUACAAGAUGACUGUUGACAAAUGAAACAAUAGCAUUUCGUGCACACUAAAAACUGCUGGGUUUUUUGGAAAAAACUAGUCCUCUGUAGAUUAUGGGCUUGAUUUAACACAUUAACUCCAUAACUCAAUAGGUUUGAGUUAUGGGUUUGACUUCAUAUUCUGGGUUUUUACCCAGGUUUUUGUUAAUACUACCAAUGUUUUUCCUGAUGGCAUAAACACAAAAAAUAGAAAAAGUAAAAUCUAUAAACGUAUUUCAAACAGAACCUCAUAACAAUUUAAAGCAGAUUCAAUGAAUAUGGCAAAUUAUUUUGGUCAAAGUAUCAAAUUUCAACACAUCUAGAAGUAGCAUUCAAAAAAAAAAAGCUAUAACAAUAAUUCUAGAUUCA